AUGGAACAACAGCGCCCAAGAUAAAAUGUCAAGUGAAUGAGAAAGCAGUCGUCUGGUGUAAAAAGGUUGGGAGGAAACCUGAACAAUAUAGGAAAUGGAUGAAAGACCGCUAGGUACCUAGGUACACCUUAUCAGUCAAUGGUUUUAAAAUCUUAGCCAACCAUACCUCCGUCCCCUCAAUCAUUUCAUUAAGGAUUAUCCGUGGCACGGUCACAGCAGCACUCAUCUGAUAACUAAGGUCAGUCACAAAAAACAGUGCUAAUAACAAGACAUAUUCAACACAUUGCUCUGAAAUAUGUAUUGAAGUCUCGACACUCUCGUGUUUUGAGUGCUAUUUUUACCGAGCCUCGACAAAACGAAAGUAUUACGAGAUCAAAAAAUAAAGCUAGCACACAAACCGUCACACACAAACCCUCACACCAUGGACACUGCAGCCGAGCCACGACCUGGAGACGAGGACUUCGAUGGGUUCCGGAUGAGGGUUUCCGAGGACUAUGCAGAGUACAUGCUCUUUGUCAUCGGGGACAAGACGGAUAGCAGUUUGCCUAGCCUCGAAGUAGUUCGCAAGGCCGCAGACCGAAAGUUGGACGAGUUGGCGAAGGACUACAUCUGGCAGAGAGAACCUUUUAAGCUAGAAGCAAAGACUCAAAAGGGCCUGGGACUCCCCUAUCUCCACGGCAUCACCCACUACGGAGACAAUGUCGAGGACGAAUGGCUUAUCGUCUACCUUCUCCGAGAACUCAGCAAGGCAUUUUCACAACUAUGGAUUCGAGUCUCUGACAGCGACGGCGAAUUUCUACUUAUCGAGGCUGCCAAAGUCACACCCAAGUGGCUCAGCCCCGAGAACGAUGCCAACCGGGUCUGGAUCCACGACGGCAAGCUACUCAUCAUCCCCCUAACCGACUCGACGACCACCGCCACCUCCAAGCCCCUCUCCCUCCCCGAAGCCAUCAAAACAAUCAAAACCUCACCACCGCCCACCCUCAUCCACUCCCCGCUAGUCGAAGCCGAAUCCUUCUACCGUCUCGAAAAGUACCCCGCCCAGAUCACAACCGCCCUCCACCACUCCCUCGUAACCAUCCCCCGAAAACUCGCGCACAUCCUGCACGCGCGGCCCAAGGCCGUCGCCCCGGCGACCGAAGCCUUCUACCUGCGGGACCCGCGCGCGCUCAAGCCCCUCCUCUCCCCCCCCUCCCUCUCGCCGUCCACAAAACAACAGGAAGGGGGGAGCAGCAGCCUCCUCACCUUCCCCCCAACCGACCUCGUCACGGUCAGCGUGCGCUUCACCAAGGUGCUCUACGCGCAGCUCAGGAGCCAGCACUUCGCGCCGCCGCCGGCGUGGGGCCCGGCGAUGCGCGCCGCCGAGGCCAAGGCGUCAGCCGCGUCAGCCGCUGACGCAGAGGCGGCGCCCGAGGCCGCGAAGGCGCUAGCGCGGCUGGAGAUGGGCGUGAAGCUCACGACGGGGUUCGAGCUGCUCGCGCGGACGGCAGGCCAGAGCGCGAGCCGGGUCGUGCGGGAGGUGGCGCUGCUGCUGGAGGAUUUGGUCGAGGACGGCGGGGACAGCGCGCUGCCGACGGAUGGGGAGAUUGCGCGGUGGGAGGGGGCCGGGAGGGAGGAUGAUGAUGGGUGGAUGGAUAUCGAUUUUGGGGACUUUGAGCGCGAGUUGGAGGGGAAGAAGACGAAUACGGGUGAGAGUGGGUUUGGGGAUGCGGCGGCGCAGGCGGACUUGCGGAAGAUCGUGUCGCGGUUCGAGGCGUUUUUGAAUGAUGAGUCGGCGGGCAUUGAGGGGGCUGAGACGGAGGAGAUGGAUCGGGAUGAUGAUAGCGAUGAGGAAGAGGGUAGUGAUGACGAUGAGGAUCGGGAGGUUAGUUUUGAUGAGGAACAGUUUGGCAGGAUGAUGAGGGAGAUGAUGGGGCUUCCGGCCGAAGAUGACGGUCGGGAAAAGGGGAAAGCGAAGGCGGUUGAAGAGGAGCUGGAUGAAGAGGACGAGGAAGAGGAGAGUGAAGACGAAGAGGUCCGCAAGCUCACGGAGCAGAUGGAGUCGGAGCUCAAGAAGUUCGGCGCGCUGGAGCUCGACCCGAAACCCAAAACUACGGCCACGAUCAAGGAGAAGGGAGAAGGAUCUAGCAAGAAGAAAGAGGAGGCCGAGGCCGAGAGCAGCGACGAGGCGAUAGAUAUCGACUACAACCUCGCCAAAAACUUACUAGAGAGCUUCAAGAGUCAAGCAGGUAUGGCUGGUCCGGCAGGUAAUAUUCUCGGCAUGAUGGGAAUGACCCUGCCCAGGGACGAAGAUGACUCUGGAGAUGAAUAAACAGGCAAACAGCGCCAAACGUCGCUUUGUUUUGUAUGUCCGCAUACUCGCGGCUUUUGGUAUCUACAAUACAAUAUUCACCCAACUGCCCUCAGU